CGUUUCUAGACAUCCGACAAGUACAAUCCUUGAAACACGGAAUGCUGAUUCAAUUCGUAGCCGGACAGCUUGAGCGACACGGGUUUUCUCCGGAGGUUCUUGCACGCCUCAACGGCGUUCGCCAACAAGUCUUUCGUGUGCAGCGGAGCCAAAGAAGAGUUCUUGAUCAGCGACCUCGCUCCGUGCAUCAACCCAUAGCUUUCCGGAGAGCUGAUGAAUUCUCCCACCUUCAUGCGAGCGAUGGCUCUGUAGUCCUAGGACAAGAAAGUGUGCGUCUCUGCCGUACUCCCACGUUGACCAGACAGGGAACGAGGUGUACCCACGACUUCGAAUCAUUCGAAGCUGAUCCAUCGGAGUUCCCGAAGCGAAAAGGUUUCCACUUGCCCAAAAAAGAGAUGCGUCCAUUGCACACGACAAAGAAUGUAUGGAGACUAGCGAAAUUUGCUUCAGGCUAUUGGCUGGAUCGAUACUGUUGCAUCUGACGCUUCCUUCAGUUCUUCGUGCACUUGGGUUCGCGCAUGGCUAGCUGAAAAGUGCCAUGGCGCAGUUUCGCUGUUGCAACUGCUCGGGCUGUUGUCCGGUCUUCGUUUCAUCAAAAUGUUCAGGGGUAAUCUAGUCCGUCUACUAACUCUGAGGUUCGAAGCCGUGUCCAUGACUUCCAGAGCCUCGAAGAACCUUCACACGCCUACCAAGUACGCUCCGUUUCUGUUCCAAGGACAUCACAGGGACUCGAUCAUCGCAUACCCCACGAAGCUCUUGAAGUUAUCCGCUGAUUCGGAGAACUUAAGGAUUGGCAAAAUGAUUCACGCGCAGCUGAUCGCAUCCAACGAAAAUUCCCGAGAUGGUAUCGUGGAGGCUAACUCUCUGAUCAAUCUGUACUCAAAGUGUGGUCAAAUAUUGAGUGCACGGAAGCUGUUUGACGACAUGUGCGAGAGAAAUGAAGUCUCUUGGGGGGCUCUGAUGGCGGGAUACUUACGCAGUGGGUUCCCUUCCGAAGUUAUACAAUUGUUCAAGUCUAUGCUGUCCUUGGACCGUGUGCCCCCAAACGAGUAUAUCCUUGCUACAGUUUUUUCUUCUUGUUCAGAUUACAGAAGAGUCGAUGAAGGCAAGCAAUGUCAUGGGUAUGUGGUCAAGUCUGGGUUAGAGUUUCAUCAGUACGUGAAGAAUGCACUUCUUAACAUGUACUUGAGGUGCUGGGAUGUGAAGGCGGGAAUUGUGGUUUUGGACACAUUGCCUGGAUAUGAUAUUUUCACAUAUAACUUGGUUUUGAAUGGACUUAUGGAAAAUGGGAAUUUAAUGGACGCUUUGGGUGUUUUGGCUAGAAUGGUGGCCGGUCGUGCAGCCUGGGAUGGAGCUACCUACUCUACUGCUCUUGGGCUCUGUGCUUCUCUCAAAGAUUUGAAACUGGGUUUGUCGCUUCACUGCCGGAUGUUGAAGAGUCGAGUUGAUUGUGAUGACUUCUUUUGCAGUACACUGAUUGACAUGUACGGUAAAUGUGGCAAGGUUAUGAGCGCAAGCAAGGUCUUUAGUAUUUUGCAGAUUCGUAAUGUUGUGACAUGGACUGCAGUGAUGACUGCUCACUUUCAAAAUGGAUUCUUUGAGGAAGCACUUAAUCACUUGCCGGAAAUGGAGAAUGAAUGUGUUCUACCAAAUGAUUACACCUUUGUUGUUUUAUUAAACUGCUGCGCAGCUUUAUCUGCACUAAGGCAUGGGUAUCUUUUGCAUGCGUUAGUGCAGAAGUCAGGUUUUAAAAACCACACUAACGUUGGGAAUGCUUUAAUUAAUAUGUAUUCCAAGAGCGGCAACAUAGAAGCCUCAUAUGAAGUUUUCUCAAAUAUGGUGCAUCGAGACUUUGCUACUUGGAAUUCAAUGAUAUGUGGAUACUCCCAACAUGGGCUUGGAAGGGAAGCUUUAUCAGUUUUUGGAGAAAUGAUGGCUGCAAGGGAGCUUCCUAGCUACGUUACUUUUGUGGGAGUUUUAUCUGCUUGCGCUCACUUGGGUCUUGAGCAGGAAGCACUUUUUUAUUUGAACCAUCUGAUGAGACAUUAUGGGAUAGAACCUGGAGUAGAGCACUAUACCUGCAUCAUUAGGCUUCUGACCAAGGUUGGUUCACUUGACAAAGCUGAAAAUUUUAUGAAGUCUACACCUGUACAGUGGGAUACUGUGGCCUGGCGCACAUUGCUCAAUGCUUGCCAUGUCCAUCGGCAAUAUGGGUUAGGCCAGCGUAUUGCAGAUAUUGUCAUUAGAAUGGAUGCUACUGAUGUUGGGACAUACAUACUUGCUUCUAAUAUGUAUGCCAAGGCAAAGAGGUGGGAUGGGGUGGUGAACAUACGGAAGCUGAUGAGAGAGAGGAGUAUCAAGAAAGAGCCGGGGGUCUGCUGGAUAGAAAUUAAAGACACAACACAUGUAUUUGUUUCGGAUGACCAUUCCCACCCUGAGUAUUUAAAGAUAUAUGAGAAAGUUGGGGAACUGUUGGCCAAGAUCAAAGAGGUGGGUUAUGUACCGGCUAUUGCCGGUGUUUUGCAUGAUGUGGAAGAUGAACAAAAAGAAGAAUAUCUCAGUUAUCACAGUGAAAAAUUGGCCAUAGCAUACGGUCUCUUGAAAACACCAUCAGCAGCACCCUUGCGUGUCAUCAAGAAUCUAAGGAUAUGUGAUGAUUGCCACUCUGCUGUGAAACUUAUUGCAAAGGUCACAAAGAGGGUUAUAAUUGUCAGAGAUGUAAAUCGUUUUCACCAAUUCAGGGAGGGGUUUUGUUCCUGUGGAGAUCACUGGUGACUCUUGUGGGAACUAUAUC